UCGAAAUAGAGGCAUUUCCGGUUUCGCCAUCGGGCUUCUUUUGAGGUCUAGAACGUUUCCUGGAGAGGAAAAAACAGCAAAUUAUGAGUUCAAGACGAUGGUUUCACCCCAAUAUCUCUGGCCUGGAGGCAGGCACGCUGCUAUCGGAGAGAGGCUUUGAUGGCAGUUUUCUCUGUAGACCAAGUAAAAGUAAUCCUGGGGAUUUUACUCUGUCAGUCAGGAGAAAUGGGGAGGUCACCCACAUCAAGAUUCAGAACACUGGCGACUUCUACGAUCUCUACGGAGGUGAGAAAUUUGCGACCCUGGCCGAGCUGGUCCAGUAUCACAUGGAAAACCAGGGGACAUUGAAAGAGAAGAACGGAGAGAUCAUUAACCUCAAGUAUCCGCUCAACUCUGCAGACCCUACCACUGAGAGGUGGUUCCAUGGUCACAUCUCGGGCAAGGAGGCCGAGCGUGUGCUGGUGGAGAAGGGGCGUAAUGGGAGCUUUUUAGUACGCGAGAGUCAGAGUAAGCCUGGUGACUUUGUCCUGUCUGUACGUUGCGAAGAUAAGGUGACACAUAUAAUGAUACGCACCCAGGAUGGGCGUUAUGACGUGGGGGGUGGAGAGCAGUUUGAAAGCCUCUCAGAUCUGGUGGAGCACUAUAGGAAAAACCCCAUGGUGGAAACAUCAGGGACUGUGGUACACCUCAAAAAUCCAUUCAAUGCAACUAGAAUCAAUGCGUCAGGCAUAGAGAACAGGGUGAAGGUACUUCAGAAGGAAAAUGGGCCCAAAGCAGGAUUUUGGGAGGAAUUUGAGCAAUUGCAGCAGCAGGAAUGUAAGCAUUUGUACAGCAGAAAGGAAGGACAGAGACCUGAGAAUAAAGCUAAAAAUAGAUACAAGAAUAUUCUGCCAUUUGACCACACAAGAGUGCUGCUCAGAGACGAUGACAGUAACCAGGUCGGUGGUGACUACAUCAAUGCUAACAUCAUCACCGUAAGUACAAGGACAAUAUGUGGACAUUAUAAGAUACAUUUGAACCCAACGUGGAUUCCCAAGUAAUCCAUAUAAACCACU